AUGCUUCUCACCUCCGUCACUCUUUUGGUGGGCGCACUGGCCUUUGGCCUGGUUGCCGCCGCGCCUCCUCCCCACGCUGGUAAUCCAGAGCCUCCUCCUCACGCUGGUAAAUCAGGCCGGCCCUAUUCCAACAUCCAGCUUGGUCCCCGCCCCUUCUACCUCGUCGACCAGAUGGACGAGGGCGAUCUGAAGAAGAAGCUUGACAACUGCAAGGAGCGCCGAAACACCCCUUCAGACUUCUCCAUCAGCCAUCGCGGCGCCCCACUUCAGUUCCCGGAACACACCAAGGAGUCCUGGCUGGCCGCUGCGCGCGAGGGUGCCGGCGUCAUCGAGUGCGAUGUGGCCUUCACCAAGGACCUCCAACUCGUCUGCCGCCACUCCCAGUGCGACCUACACACUACCACAAACAUCCUCACCAUUCCUGAACUCGCCGCCAAGUGCACAAAGCCCUUCACUCCGGCCUCCGCAGACGGCAGAGAGGAAGCAUCCGCCAAAUGCUGCACCAGCGACAUCACCCUCGCAGAGUUCAAGUCUCUCUGUGGCAAGAUGGACUCUUCAGACAACACCGCCACCACUCCUGAGCAAUACCAAGGCGGUAUUAAGGACUGGCGCACAAAUGUAUACACCGACGGCUGUCCCCAGCUAAGCUCUCAUGCCGAAUUCAUCUCCCUGGUCGACUCCCUCGGCCUCAAGUUCACCUCAGAACUCAAGACGCCCCAGGUCCCCAUGCCCUUCCAAGGCCCAGAUGGCAAGAACUACACCCAGGAGAUGUACGCCCAGCAACUCGUCGACGAGUUCCGUGCCGCCCACAUCAAGCCGUCCCGCGUCUUCCUCCAGUCCUUCCUACCUGAUGACAUCUUCUACUGGAUCGACAAUGAGCCCGCCUUCGCGCGCCAGGCCGUCUAUCUGGACCAGCGCGUCGAUACCCCCAGCGGAUACGAGGCGGCUGUAAAGGGCAUGAAGGAUCUGGCGAAACGCGGUGUUAAGAUUAUGGCACCGCCUAUCUUUGCUCUUUUGGAGCUGGAGGAUGACAAGGGCAACAGCAAGAAACCCCGCAUUGUGGCAUCGGAAUAUGCCAAGGCGGCGAAGAAGGCCGGUCUUGAUAUAGUUACCUGGUCGUUGGAGAGAUCGGGUCCGCUGAGGGAUGUUGCGGCCAAUAAGGAGUAUUAUUACCAGUCAGUGGCCGGCGCCGUGGAUGGGGAUGGGGAUGUUUAUGAUGUGAUCGAUGCGUUGGCGAGGCAGGUUGGCGUAAAGGGCAUUUUCUCGGAUUGGCCCGCUACGGUUACUUACUAUGCCAAUUGCAUGGAGAAGAAAUAG